GAAACACUGGCAUUACAAGAUCCUUGAUAAUCCACCUAAAGCAAAAAAUGUGUUUGAGAAAGUUCAUCGUCCCAGCCGUCGUCAGAUUGUCCUGAAUUCCCUUUUCAUUAAAAAUAUUACUGAUGUGCUCUCUACAGGGGAUGUUGCUCCUGAAGUCAUGGGGUAUGGGAUCGAAAUCACCAGAGUAAAAAUAUCACCUUGUUGCAAAAUUUUGAAUGUCUACUGGCAAGUUCCACCAAAUUCUUUCUCACUGUGCGAAGACAUCGAAACCAAAUUGAACUCCAAAGCACGGGCAAUCAGGGCAGAGAUCAUAAGCCGGAACCUUAUGGGCAAGGUGCCUCACAUCUUCUUCAUUAGAGAUCACACAAAUGCAAGGCUGGCUGCUUUCGAGUCAGCAUUGAAGGAUGUUGAAGCAGAAAUCAAAGAAGAUUCUCCAAUUGUUCUGGACGAAGCAUUUUUAGAAGAUAUACUGGCUUUUAACUCUGCUAAGAAAAUGCACCAGGAAAUAGAAGAAAAGCCGGUUCCAGUAAUUGAAAAAGAACCCGAUGAUUCCCCUAUGUACCCACCACCCAGACCCUCGGACAUGAAAUGUGAUGUGUUUGGCCUAAGACACGAUGUUAUGAUGGACAGAGUGAUGGCUGCAAAGAAAAAAAACGAAGCCCUCUGAGCACGAAUUUGUGGGUGCUGAAUCUCGUCCUUCGGAAGACGGAGAUUUGUUCUCCAGGAUAUCCGGGGAGACUUUGGAGAACAUCGACCGUGAGAAGAUUCUGAAGCAGUUUCAGGUUGAAAGGAAGAAGCUCAGAUCAAAGAAAAAGGAGGAACAUGAGGAUGAAGUUGACAACGAUUAUGAAUGGCAAUCAUACACAGAGAAUGAAACUGCUAGGGAUACUUUUGAGGAGGACGAUUACAUUGAAGAUGAAGAAAUUUAUAAGCGUUAAAAUUGUGCUUAAUUAAAAGUGU